CCUACCUUUGAUGUAUAAAAAGAUGGUGACCUACUGAUAACGAAGUUCUGUGAUAAUAAAAAUUGUAAGUGGUAAAAAGAACUCUCCUUUCAUUAUAAAGAUUAGUAGCCUUAGAGACGGGCAAUGCAUUGGUGUUGGACGCAUUUAAAACAAUUCAUUCGAACUAUAUCCGUAUGUAUCAUUAUUGUUUACUCAUUAUUCGGACAGUUUCAGUAUUCGCUCGUUUAGAAAGGAUACCAGUGUACCAAUGUUGUUUUUAAUUUAAUAUGUGAAAGUCGUCACUGGUUUCUUUUAUAUCUUACUGCAAGUCAGUUUUUCGUGCGCAACGCAUACAUUUAUUGUAAAGCGUACAUUUUUUUUUAAUAACAUCUUUUCUACUGUUUAUCGAAUAGACAAUCGAAAACUGUUUUUUCCUCUCAAAUAACAAUGCAACGUAAUUUACCUGCCUAACCUGACUCAGUUAUCUCUUCUGUUUAUUACCAUAUAAUGACAAUUAUUCUGUACAGAGAUACUUGAACGUCUUACAAUAUUUGCUUGCUUUAUUGAUUAAGGUUAUAAAAUAUUGCAGGUGGAACUCAUAUGUAAAUAGUAAAAAAAUUAUGAAUUCUCAAGAAUUAUUCUAUUAAAUUAUAAUAAAUUGUGUACAAUGUCUCAUUGUGAAGAAGAAGUGGCUUCAUCUGGUUUUCACCAAUUAAGCAUUACAAUCGAAGGUGCUAUAUUAAGAAGUUCUACAUUUUUGAAGCCUAAUCCUUACGUAGAAUUUUCUGUCGAUGAUAAAAGUCCUCGCAAAACAGAAGUUUCGAAAUCUACAUAUCAACCAAAAUGGAACGAGGAAUUCACAAUACUUGUGACUCCGUAUUCGCAGUUGCAUUUUCGGUUGUUGGAUCACAGCACGUUUCGAAAGGACACAUUGAUAGGAGAAAAGAAAAUCAACCUAUCACAUGUAUUGUCCCACUACAAUGGGAAACUGGAAAAUAUGGAAGUGACGUUCGAUUUAAUGAGUGAAAACAAACAUGAUUCUCAAUUAUGUAAAGUUGGAGAGUUGAUCACAGUAUUUGAUGGAUUGCGAAUUAAUAUGCCAAAUGCAUCGUCGUUGAGUGUUAAUGAAUCGUCAUCGUGUCAAACGCAAUCAGCUUGCAUACCCUUCGACGGUGUUUCAAGUAACGAUACUGUUAGCAAUAGUAGUAUUCUUAAUGGGGGAAUUCGUGCACGCAUAAGAUUACACGCACCUAAACACGUUGCGUCAUCCACCUUUCACGGAGCGUUGACAAAGACUUAUCAGAGUUCUUCUUACAAUAAUGGAAGCGAACAAGCUUGCGCCAAUAAGAAUAAUGAACAGACAGAGCCCGUACCAUCAAAUGCUUUGUCAAACGGACAUGCUGUAUCACCGGCAGACAAAUGCGUUCUAACGUUAUCAAGACGCUAUCCUACAUCCUUAUCGGAUAUUCGUCAAAUGUCUGGGCUAGAACAUCCGUCAACCCAUUUUCCUGGUACAGUAAACGAAAGGGUUCCCGUAUCGGAGAGUCGUAGUAUUCCUCAAAUUGAACAAUCAGCAGUAUUACCUGGAACAGUUGGCACUUCUAGAUCUAAUCAAUCGAACGUAGCCAAUACCCGACUAGAGCAUACAGCGGGCCAUAUUCCUGGUACGACAAACGAAAGGGCUCCCCUCUCGGAGAGUUGUAGCGCUUCUCAAUUUGAACAAUUAGCAGUAUUAUCUGGAAUAGUUGGCAUUUCUAGAUCUAAUCAAUCGGUUGUAGUCAGUGCUCGAUUAGAACGUCCAGCAGGCCACGUACCUGGUACAAUAAAUGAAAGGGUUCCCCUCGCGGAGAGUGCUAAUAUGUCUCAACCGGCGGUAAUGUCUGGGCCAGUUGAAAUUUCUAGAUCGGGUCCAUUAACUAUAGCCAAUACUGAUGGAUGUUCGCAUAAUAGGACAGAGCAGUCUGUCCUUAGUGAACGUAAUUCUCGAACAGAGCAAACGGUAACUGUUCCUCAUUCAGAUAGUUAUGGAACAGUGAGAGCAGAUAAUCAAGCAAGUUCUCAAACGGAACAACCCGUGGUGUUUACGUUGCAAGAUGGUUCUCAUCAAGAACAACAACCUGCAGUGUAUCUUAUAACGGAAAAUCGUGGAAUGCCGCGCACGGAUGCACAACCUGCGAUGUUACCCGGGCCUGAAGCCCGGAGAAUGAUGCCUCAUAAUGAACAGUACGCGAAUCCUGCGCCCAUGACUACUCGUUCGAAUUCUCGAGUGGUGCAACGUGUACCUUCGCUGCCUGGGCAAACUGCUGUAAUACCUGGUCAGUCGAAUCAGCCUGGAUCUUCCAUAAUAAUUACAGAAGUUGAACCUACGAGCCAUUCCGAGGAACCCUUACCGCCUGGUUGGGAAAUGAGAUACGACAUUUAUGGCAGAAGAUAUUAUGUUGAUCAUAAUACGCGAAGUACUUCUUGGGAGAGACCGCAACCUUUACCACCAGGGUGGGAAGUUCGUCGAGACCCGAGAGGAAGAAUUUAUUACGUUGAUCAUAAUACAAGAAGUACGACAUGGCAAAGGCCGAACACAGAAAGAUUGCAACAUUUUCAACACUGGCAAGGUGAAAGGCAGCAUGUGGUACAACAAGGUAAUCAACGGUUUCUUUAUCCUCAAGCACAUGGAAGUCAAGCAGCCAUAGCCGGACCAUCAACGUCAUUGGCUGACGAUGACGAUGUUUUGGGACCAUUACCUGCUGGAUGGGAAAGGCGUAAACAACCAGAAGGGAGGGUUUAUUACGUGAAUCAUCAAAAUCGUACUACACAAUGGGAAGAUCCAAGAACACAGGGUCAAGAGACUGGAAUCGACGAGCCACCAUUACCAGAUGGUUGGGAAAUACGAUUAACCGAAGACGGGGUUCGAUAUUUUGUAGAUCAUAAUACGAGAACUACCACGUUUCAAGAUCCAAGACCUGGUGCACCUAAAGGUCCAAAAGGUACUUACCGCGUGCCAAGAGCGUACGAAAGAUCAUUUCGAUGGAAGUUGUCGCAAUUUCGUUUCUUAUGUCAAACGAACGCAUUGCCAAAUCAUAUUAAAAUAAGUGUAAAUCGUCAAACGUUAUUCGAAGAUUCGUAUCAUCAAAUUAUGAAUGCAGAGGCUUUUGCAUUAAGACGCAGAUUGUACAUCAUUUUUAAAGGAGAAGAAGGGCUAGAUUAUGGGGGUGUAUCAAGAGAAUGGUUUUUCUUAUUGAGUCACGAAGUAUUAAAUCCAAUGUAUUGUUUAUUCGAGUAUGCCAAUAAGAACAACUAUAGCUUGCAAAUCAAUCCAGCAUCUUACGUCAAUCCUGAUCAUUUACAAUAUUUUAAGUUUAUUGGAAGAUUUAUAGCAAUGGCUCUUUAUCAUGGACGGUUUAUCUAUAGCGGAUUUACUAUGCCGUUCUAUAAACGUAUGUUAAACAAGAAAUUAGUUAUGAAAGAUAUCGAGUCGAUCGAUCCGGAAUUCUAUAAAUCUCUCGUGUGGACAAAGGAAAAUAACAUCGACGAAUGCAGCCUUGAAUUGUAUUAUAGUGUUGAUUUCGAAAUUCUGGGUCAAGUGAUACAUCACGAAUUGAAAGAAGGUGGUGACAAAGUCAGAGUUGUCGAAGAGAACAAAGAGGAGUAUAUUAGAUUGAUGACAGAAUGGAGAAUGACGAGAGGUAUAGAGGACCAAACUAAAGCAUUUUUGGAAGGUUUUAAUUCAGUUGUACCGUUAGAAUGGUUGAAAUAUUUCGACGAACGUGAGUUGGAGCUCAUGCUUUGCGGUAUGCAGGAAAUAGACGUGGAAGACUGGCAACGUAACACAAUUUAUAGACAUUAUACACGGAACAGCAAGCAAAUCUUAUGGUUUUGGCAGUUUGUAACGCGGACAGACAGUGAGAAACGAGCUCGACUUCUACAAUUCGUGACGGGUACUUGUCGAGUGCCUGUUGGAGGAUUUGCAGAAUUAAUGGGGAGCAACGGCCCUCAGAGAUUUUGUAUAGAAAAGGUAGGGAAAGAUACAUGGUUACCUAGAUCGCAUACCUGCUUCAAUAGAUUGGAUUUACCACCGUACAAGAGUUACGAUCAGCUAGUAGAAAAAUUAAACUAUGCAAUUGAAGAGACAGAAGGUUUUGGUCAAGAAUAAAUACACUUUGUUAAAUGUAAUAUAUUCCACAAAGUGAAAAAAUUAAGAAAUGCAGCGCUAAACAAUAUUCUUUCAUCCUCACUUUUCUCAGUUACUUUUAUUAUUAUUAACACAAGAUGAGAAGAAAGACGAGGAUGACGCUGACGCAGAAAAAGAAAAUGGGUACAAAUAUGCCCUGUAUCUUCUCAAUGUUCGCCUGUAAAAUUACUACAUAUGCAGAUCUUAUUAGAUAGGAUUCAUCAUGGUACACGAAAGCAACAGAAAAAUGAUUUUAGCAAGGCAAUACAUUUGGGACUGUAUUGUAGAAUAGUAGUAGAAAGAAUACAAUGUUUUAUUCUGUCCUUAAGAAUGAAAUCAAGUUUUUAAAUAAGAAUUCCUUUAAGCAGUCAUUCUGGCUUCGAAUGACAUUUUUUAAACGAUAUUUUACAAUUUUAUCAAAAUAAUUAUUACAGUUUUUGCAUUAGGUUCUGACAAAUACA